CCGCCCUUCGACAGUGCCAAAAAACCACUUGGUUUUGCUACGAGUACCAGCAAUUUGCCACCUUUGGCGAGCUACCGACAGACCGACCGUUUCAGUCAUUUUCGAACAUGAGCGCCGUUGGUUUCAUCUAAAAUAAACGCACCGGUCCGGUUGUUGUCUGAAUGAAAAAAAAAGUACAUAUAUAAAUGAAAUAUGUGUACUUAAAAUACAAAAUGAAAACAAAGUAAAAAGAGAAUAUGCAUUUUUUUUUGAAUAAAAAUUUUCAACGAUCAACACUAUAAAUAGACCAAACGGCUGUAUAUUUAUUACGUGUACUAUAAGGGAUUUGCAGUGCGGCGUUUGUGAAGAGACAGCAACAACAUCCAUACAAACAUACAAGCAUUUGGUGCUCACAACAAAUUAAAAUUUUAAAAAAUUUUGAAAAUUGUGAAACUAGUAUUUUAGGGUGAUUAGUGUAAAGGCUUUAAUAUCGGAAGUAUUAUACCUUGAAAAGAAAACACUGUAUUAUACUUAUGUAAAGUUUUUUAACAUAAUAUUUGCACAAAAAAACAAAAAAAAAACACUUCUCAAAAUGCCCGCAUCGAAUACGUUAGUUUUGAAAAGUCUUUCAAUACUGCUUGGAUUAUUUUUCAUUUUUGUUGGAUUACUAAAAUUGACGCCAGCCAUUAGCAAGGAUCUUUUUAAGGAUUUGCGAACGGAAUACGUAAAAUAUGCAAAAGUUUUCCCAUUGGCCACAAUGUUUGGUUUCAAGGUACCAUCUAAGUGGUAUCGGCGUACAGUUGGCGUACUGGAGAUAACCUGUGGACUGGCUAUGGCACUCAUUCCAUAUCAUAAAAUAAAAAAUGCUGCCAAUAUAAUACUACUAUUGUUGAUGAUUUUGGGCGUCUAUCAGCAUUGGAUGGUUAGCGAUCCAUUUGAGCGAUCUGGACCUGCGCUUGUGUUCACAUUCAUGCUCGGUGGACGUUUAGUAGUUUGGUAUCAGACAAGUCGAAAAGAUGCUGAACUGGCCGCUGCCGCUCAAUCACAAACUAAUGGCGUGAAGCAGGACUAAAAGAAGAACUUGAAAACAUAAAAAAUACUUACAAGAAAUUUAAAAUCAAUAAAUUUUAAUCAUACAUACAUACAUAUUUAAGAUAACAACAUAAACCAAAAAGCAAUUUCUCGCACAUUAAUACAUAAGACUAGGGUGCAAUCUAGCACAUAAAUGCAAUCAGAUUCAAUUACAUACUACAUGCAUAUACAUAUACAUAAAAGGAUAAAUAACAUACACAUUAUUUAUUUAUCCUAUUGUGUCAUAAAAAACUUCUCACAUUUGAAAUUUCUUGUUUAAACAACAAAACGGUCUUUAUGUUAUGUGCCAAAUUAUUUUCUUUCCUUUUCUAUUUUAAACAUAAUCUUACUGUAAAUCCCAAAUAAACAGUAGUCCUUGAAUGGUGUUCAAUGCAAACUUAAUGAAAACACACUACAUAGAUAAUUCAACCC